GCGUCCCCGCCCUGCGCUCGGGCCGGGCCGGGAGGGUCCCGGGGCGAGCGGCCCGGCCGGCGGGUGAGGCUGUCCGGGCAGACGCAGCGCCAUGCGCGCCCCCGCUGCCCGGGCGCUGCUGCUGCUCACGAGCCGGGGCCCUGCGGUGCGUGCGUGGGCCCCGGCCGUCCCCUCCAGGACACGACUGGCUCCUGAGUGGACGCCGCCGGGACGCGCGUGGACGUCUCUAAUCCGCGAGCCGACCCCGGGCCUCCGCUUCCCCGCGCCCCUGGCGGGGCUGCCUGGCGGCGUGGGGCAGUGGGCCGCGUCCUCAGGGGCCCGCGCGUGCCGGGUGCUGGCAGGACCCCGCGCCGCGCAUCCCCUGUUCGCCAGGCCCCAGGGAGUCCCGGCAGCAGCCACCGGUGUGCGAGACCUUGGGGAUGACUCGCGGCGGCGGCCCGCGGCGACCCGGCGCUCUGAACUAUGGAAGCUCCUCGGGCUGGUGCGCCCCGAGCGCGGGAGGUUGACAGCUGCUGUUGGCUUUCUUGCUGUGUCCAGCGUCAUCACCAUGUCUGCCCCUUUCUUCCUGGGGAAGAUCAUUGACGUCAUCUACACCAACCCAGGCCAGGACUAUGGCGACAGUCUGACUCGCCUCUGUGCUGGACUCACAUGUGUGUUCCUCUGUGGUGCUGCUGCGAAUGCCGUUCGUGUCUACCUCAUGCAGUCUUCAGGUCAGAACAUUGUGAACCGGCUGCGCACCUCACUCUUCUCCUCUCUUCUAAGGCAAGAGGUCGCUUUCUUUGACAAGACCCGCACAGGCGAGCUGAUUAACCGCCUCUCCUCGGACACUGCACUCCUGGGGCGCUCGGUGACAGAGAACCUCUCUGACGGACUGAGGGCUGGGGCCCAGGCCUCAGUUGGCGUUGGCAUGAUGUUUUUUGUGUCACCCAGUCUGGCCACCUUUGUUCUGGGCGUGGUGCCUCCGAUCUCUGUCCUCGCCGUGAUUUACGGGCGAUAUCUACGAAAACUGUCAAAAGCCACACAGGACUCUCUGGCACAAGCCACACAGUUAGCUGAGGAGCGAAUUGGAAACAUAAGAACCAUCCGAGCUUUUGGGAAGGAGGUGACGGAGGUGAAUAAGUACAGUGGCCACGUGGACCAGUUGCUGCAGCUGGCACGGAAGGAGGCCUUCGCUCGAGCUGGCUUCUUUGGAGCAACAGGGCUCUCGGGAAACCUGAUUGUGCUGUCUGUCCUGUACAAGGGAGGCCUGCUGAUGGGCAGCGCCUCCAUGACCGUGGGCGAGCUUUCUUCCUUCCUCAUGUACGCUUUCUGGGUUGGACUGAGCAUCGGAGGUCUGAGUUCAUUCUACUCCGAGCUGAUGAAAGGCCUGGGUGCCGGUGGGCGGCUCUGGGAGCUGUUGGAGAGACAGCCACGGCUGCCAUUUAAUGAGGGGACUGUGUUGGAUGAGAAGAGCUUCCAGGGUGCCCUGGAGUUCAGAAAUGUGCACUUUGCGUACCCUGCUCGCCCAGAGGUGUCCGUGUUCCGGGAUUUCAGUCUUUCCAUCCCUUCUGGAUCUGUCACGGCACUGGUGGGCCCCAGUGGUUCUGGAAAGUCCACCGUGAUCUCACUGCUGCUGCGCUUGUAUGACCCAGACUCUGGAACAGUCAGCCUUGAUGGCCAUGAUAUCCGACAGCUAAACCCCAUCUGGCUGAGAUCCAAGAUUGGGACAGUAAGUCAGGAGCCCAUCCUGUUUUCCUGCUCUAUCGCAGAGAACAUCGCCUAUGGUGCGGCUGGCCUGUCCUCGGUCACAGCCCAGCAGGUGGAGAGGGCAGCAGAAGUGGCCAAUGCGGCUGAGUUCAUCCGGAGCUUCCCCCAGGGCUUCAACACUGUGGUUGGGGAGAAGGGCAUCCUUCUGUCUGGUGGGCAGAAACAGAGGAUCGCAAUAGCCAGAGCUCUGCUAAAGAACCCCAAAAUUCUUCUUCUUGAUGAAGCAACCAGUGCACUGGAUGCUGAAAAUGAGCACCUGGUACAGGAGGCACUUGACCGGCUGAUGGAAGGUCGAACAGUGUUGAUCAUAGCCCACCGCCUGUCCACCAUCAAGAAUGCCAAUUUUGUUGCUGUCCUUGACCAAGGAAGAAUCAGUGAACACGGGACACAUGGAGAGCUGCUUUCGAAGCCCAAUGGGCUUUAUAGGAGACUCAUGAACAAGCAAAGUUUCAUGUCAGUAUAAGGAAGCAGAGCAGUUUCUGGAGUGGGCACUGACGCAGACUGCAGCCCAGCUGUUGGGAAGCUGAAGCAGGGCUGUGCCAACUUCAUCACGUACACAGCAGUACCCUGUCCAAAAACAAACAAAACCGAAGCAGCAGUUUCUGGUGGGUUGUCUGAGAGAGAAAACAGAUCCUAGAGACUGUAUGAAACCUGAGUCACACUUCAGUUACUUGAAAUACUGUUUCCACAAAGAAUGUGUGAUAUUGUUUUAAGAUGUACCUGUCCUCUCAGACCUUCUUUCAGUUUUAAGAUUGUAACUUUCCACGUCUGAUGCACUGAGUUACUGCAGGUUUCGACUGUCUGUUAGCUCAGCACAGACCUCACUUCCUCUGCCUGCUGCAGAGUCAAGUUGUUCUCAGGUAACAACUUUAAAAGGGAGCCAGAAACUAAACGCCUCGCUGCUUUUAGCCAGGUUGCUAAUCACUAGGGCACCUACCUGGGGCCGCUGAGGGAAAGUCCACCUUGUCUGUUGAUGUUUCUUCAGGUGUCAGAGUUUUGGAACACUACAGUCUGCAGCUGUCAGAAUGUGCAGUGUUUUUCAGCACUUGGGCACCUGAGAGCCUGAUACAUUUUGCCAAAGGAAGAAGUCCUAGUCUGUAAACUGGAGAGCUAUUUUUUUAUUCACUUCCUUGUUUUAUGACUUCUUUUGAGAAGCAAGGUAUGAAUGACCAGUUAUUAUCAACAAAGGUGAAUGAAAAUGAAUUUUACAUUUGUCUGAAGCAUGUAUUUUGAAAAAAGAAACCUGUUUAAAAUACUUAAUGUUCACAUAUAUUGUAGUUUUGUAUUUUAAAUUUUUAUUAAUGAGGAUGAUUCUGAAUAAUUUAAUUCUCAGCCUUGAGUAUGGUGGCUCUUUGGCCAUAGUAGCAGAAGCAAGGUGAUGAAAGGAGCACCGUCCUUUGCAAAGUGUCGCAGUAAGACACACUGUCGUCCUGCCGCUGUGGCUCUGAGGCCUACCUCCAGACGUCCACCUGCACUGAUAAGUGUGGCUACCCUGUCAAGCACAAGAGAAAGUGUAACUGUGUGCCUAGGCUAAGAAAUGCACACUGCUGUGGCUGGGGAUAGGAGGCACCUAAAAAUUGUUUCUUGUAGAUUUAGACAUGGAUUCUGUGAAGGAACAACAUAAACCCAAGAAUGGAGUUGUUGGAGCAUCCAGUUCAUCUUGAAGAUUCCAACAAUCAGUCAUGAAAUAAAUGUUCUGGUUUCAAAAACUAAGGGGUGGGGGGAAGAGAAUGAUGCUCACACCCCUGACCCUGGCACUUGGGAAGCCAAACCGUUACAUAGAGUUUGAAACCAGCCCUGACGUGAGACGUUGUUUCAAAGACAUUUGAAGAGUUUGGAAGUCCUCCUACUGGAGGAAAUGGAACCUUCACAUGGCAAUGCCCUAUAAAAGGAGAGAAGUGUCCUAGGCUUAUAGUUUUAGUCACUGUUCUUACAACAAUGCCAGAAGCCAAUGAAUUUGCAUUUUUUUUUUUUUGUAUCAGUGCUACUGAUUGGAUGUUGUCUCAAGAAAAACUUUAUUUUUUUAAUGCUGGUUUUGUAGAGCCUGUGGCAUAGCUAGAGAGAGUUAAAUGGGACACACCUGCCAUGUCCAUUUGCCUCUGGUCAUUCUGGAAGAAACCUCUUCCUGAAAACCACACAGUAUCACAGUUUACGUUACACUCAGGAACUGGCUAAUUAGUAAGACUGGCUCCAUGAGGGAGUGUAGUGGUCUCUGAGUGAAUAAGUAGCACGUCUGUGACAAUUAUCUUUACCUGUCCAUGUGGUUGUUCAGCUCCUUGCAGGGCUGUUCUCAGAAAACCGCUGCAAAUCAGGUCAGUGGGAAUCCCCUUUGCUCCGUGGAAGUGUUUAAAAUUGUGAGUCAUCACAAUUUAUUUCAGUAUGUUUGUCUUUAACAUUUUAUAUCAGAUUAAAAUUUAUAGUGAACUUAA